AAGACCCACACUCCCAUGUGAACAUAAUGAAAUAUUUAUAUUCUAUGACUCUAAAUUAUUUUAUUCAAGGUCAUAGGUCGCCUCUGAUAAAUUAUUAUUUCUAGAAUAAUCUGUAAAAAACGGUAUUUGGUUUUUGAGUAGCCGGUCGAUCCAGGCUUCCUUACCGGAGUUCAAAUUUUGCGUAGACAAUUCAGUCUAGCGGCCCCCAAAGAGAUACUGCGAAAUAUGGAGAAGCACGAAGUCGUUCCCGACGUCAUAGACGUAGCCCCCGACCAAAGCGUUGAGGUCUCCUAUCCAAGCGGGGUCAAAGUUGACUUCGGCAACGAACUGACGCCUACCCAAGUCAAAGAUAUCCCCAGCGUAAAGUGGACAGCUGACGCCAGCACCCUAUACACUCUUUGCAUGACAGACCCCGAUGCGCCAUCCAGGAAGGAACCGACGUACCGUGAAUGGCACCACUGGCUAGUUGGAAACAUUCCCGGCAAUGAUGUAUCCAAAGGUGAGACCUUAUCAGCCUACGUUGGUUCCGGCCCCCCACAGGGCACAGGACUCCACCGGUACGUCUUCCUCGUUUACAAACAGAAUGGCAAGAUAGAUUUUGAUGAGAAGAGGCUUCCCAAUAACUCGGGAGAUGGAAGAGGCUGUUUCUCCAUCAGGAAAUUCGCUUCGAAAUACAAUUUGGGACAACCAAUUGCUGGUAACCUUUAUCAAGCCCAAUGGGACGAUUACGUGCCAAUCUUAUAUAAACAGCUUGGCGAAUAGAGAAGUCUUAUGAUCUAUUUUUGAUUUGGAGUUAGUAUUUCAUUUCCAUAUUAUCUCAUAUAAUUAUACUUAAUUAUACAAGUUGAAAGUCUUCUAAAAUAGAAGUGUAUCACUUUU